AGGGAAAAGUACAUAUACAAAUCAACUAUUUGCCCAAAAAUAAACGUGUUUGCAUGGUUCUGUGUUAAUUUACUAUUAACCAGAAUUUGUUUUAUGAAGAUGGGGAGGUUUAUUUUGUCCGCAACAAAGGGGGAGGAAUAUUGUCGACGCACCGCGUCUACAGCUAGCUAUCCAGAGACCUGAGCUAGCUAACAGACUAGCAAACAAAAGUCUUGUUUUGAACUUUUGACGUAAUGGGGGAAAAGCCGUUGAAGAUCCUCGCAUGUGGGGACGUAGAAGGACGCAUUACUGCUGUGUUUAACCGCGUCCGAACCAUCCAGAAGAAGAGCGGGCAGUUUGAUCUGUUGCUGUGUGUAGGAAACUUCUUCGGUUCGUCUCCAGGAGCUCAGGCUGAAUGGCAGGAGUACACAUCUGGAGCAAAGAAAGCUCCCAUCCACACCUACAUCCUGGGAGCAGCCAGCCAGGAGACCCUCCGCUUCUUCCCCAGUGCUGACGGCUGUGAGCUGGCUGACAACAUCACCUACCUGGGUCGACGUGGUGUCUUCACUGGGGCGUCAGGCCUGCAGAUUGCGUAUGUGAGUGGUCGUGAGGGGCAACAGGAUCCGACACCAGCUCACUGCUUCUCUCCUAACGACCUCAGUCAGCUGGUGGAGCCACUGAUUAGCAACAACCAGUUCAGAGGAGUGGACAUCCUGCUGACAUCACAGUGGCCCCGCGGAGUCUGGCAGUACGCCAACAGCCCCGAAGUCAACACUAAGUUCUGUGGAACGACCUCCAUCUCCCACCUGGCGAACAAGCUGAAGCCUCGCUACCACUUUGCUGCGGUAGAAGGAGUUCACUAUGAGAGACUACCUUACAGGAAUCAUGUUGUUCUUCAGGAGAAUACUCAGCAUGUCAGCAGAUUUAUCGCCCUGGCAACCGUCAACAACCCAGAGAAGAGAAAGUACCUUUAUGCCUUCAACAUUAUCCCGAUGAAAAGCAUGGAGGCAUCAGAACUGGUCAAACAGCCUCAGGAUGUCACUGAGAACCCUUACAGCAGGAUGGUCAGAGAGAGACCUGACCCUACUGUCCAGGAGCCAGCAUCUCAGUUCUUCUUUGACCUGGGGAAGAAGCAGCGUGGAGGGGGGCGUGGCCAGGGGGGGCGUGGUAGGAAGAGGCCCUCAGACGGAGACGGGCAGAAUCAAGGACAGCCGUGGGAUUCAGACAGGCAGAGUCAGAGACUGCCCUUUGAUCUGGACAGGCCUAAACAACCUCGCAGGCCCCCUCAGCCCAGCGGUCCCUGUUGGUUCUGUCUGGCCAGCCCUCAGGUAGAGAAACACCUGGUCAUCAGCAUUGGUACACAUUGCUACCUGGCCCUUGCUAAGGGCAGUCUAACCCCUCGGCAUGUGUUGGUACUGCCCAUCGGUCACUACCAGUCAGUAGUGGAACUGAGCUCUGAGGUGGUUAAAGAACUGGACCGAUACAAGAUGGCUGUCAGGACCUUCUACAAGAGCAAAGGACAGCGCUGUGUCCUGUUUGAGAGGAACUACCACAGCCAACACCUACAGAUACAGGUAGUACCAGUACCGGAGGAUAAGUGUACCACUGAAGAUAUUAAAGAAGCCUUCAUGCUGCAGGCGCAGGAACAGAGCAUGGAGCUGAUGGAGAUACCACAACAUACAGACCUCAAACAGAUUGCUCCUCCAGGGACACCGUACUUCUACGUAGAGCUGGACUCUGGAGAGAAACUCUUCUACCGCAUUCAGAAAAACUUCCCUCUGCAGUUUGGCAGGGAGGUGUUGGCCAGCGAGGCGUUGCUGAACAUCCCGGAGAGGGCAGACUGGCGAGAGUGUAAACAGACCCCAGAGGAGGAGGAGAGUCUGAGCAAACAACUACGAGACGAAUUCCAACCAUACGACUUCGCCCUGGAAGACUGAACAACUAGAGCCAAUGGGCACGUUGUAAUCACAAUUCACAUCUUAAUUGGCGCAUUUCAAAAACCGUCCUUUUGUGAACUAGUUCUGUACGAUGGUGAUUGGUGGGGUUCUGUACGAUGGUGAUUGGUGGGGUCAAUAAACCAUCACUGGAGGAUCCUCCCUCGUUGAAUCUCCAGUUUGGGAACAUUUAGUCAGUAGAUUAUAACGGACAGAACAGCCUCCAGGCAUAAGGAGAAUAGCUGCUGCCAACACCUCCACCAUGUUUACCCCCCCCAUCACCCCAGUAUAGUGUAGCAUGACGGAGCACCUCCAACAUGUUGACCCCCCCAUCACCCCAGUAUAGUGUAGCAUGACGGAGCACCUCCAACAUGUUGACCCCCCCAUCACCCCAGUAUAGUGUAGCAUGACGGAGCACCUCCAACAUGUUGACCCCCCCAUCACCCCAGUAUAGUGUAGCAUGACGGAGCACCUCCAACAUGUUGACACCCCCCAUCACCCCAGUAUAGUGUAGCAUGACGGAGCACCUCCAACAUGUUGACCCCCCCCCAUCACCCCAGUAUAGUGUAGCAUGACGGAGCACCUCCACCAUGUUUACCCCCCCCCAUCACCCCAGUAUAGUGUAGCAUGACGGAGCACCUCCAACAUGUUGACACCCCCAUCACCCCAGUAUAGUGUAGCAUGACGGAGCACCUCCACCAUGUUUACCCCCCCCCAUCACCCCAGUAUAGUGUAGCAUGACGGAGCACCUCCAACAUGUUGACACCCCCAUCACUCCAGUAUAGUGUAGCAUGACGGAGCACCUCCACCAUGUUGACCCCCCCAUCACCCCAGUAUAGUGUAGCAUGACGGAGCACCUCCAACAUGUUUACACCCCCAUCACCCCAGUAUAGUGUAGCAUGACGGAGCACCUCCAACAUGUUGACCCCCCCCAUCACCCCAGUAUAGUGUAGCAUGACGGAGCACCUCCAACAUGUUGACCCCCCCCCCAUCACCCCAGUAUAGUGUAGCAUGACGGA